AUGUCAGCAACAACCUCAAAGGAGGCCAUGGAAGGGUCACUCCUCGAAGACGCCUCUACUUUACUUAUGUUUUCCAAGACAAGAAGUGAUAGCAAUAGCAGCAGCCAUAAUCAUAGCCAUGAUCGCAGCCAUGAUCAUUCUACUUCGGGUACCCUCCAGGCCUCAACAACAGAUCCCUCGAAUUCUUCGGCACGAAAUGAAAACACGGACCAGUUUCAUUCCCAGUUUAAGUCUUUGCCAUUAACAAGGUCCAACACAGGUAGUGGUACAGUUUCCCCAAGAAAUCCUUUGGCAUCGCCCGGUCCCGCUUCCGUUGCUUUAUUGGAGGAUGAAAGAAAUGAAAUUAUACCAUCGAAUGGUGCACCGUCUAGGAGCAGUAGUAGUAAUAACAGUGGUAGCAACAAUAGCAGUAGCAAUAACAAAGGAAUGGUAGCAGCAGCAGCCUUGGCCGCUGCUGCAACAGUUCCGUUGCCUUUGAAGACUCGUGGUGCAAAUAAGAACACGCAAGAAGAUGCGUCUAGGGGGGAUAGCGGCAGUAGAAAAGGAUCCAAAAGGAGAAAGGAAUGGCCCGUACCAGAUUCGUAUAUUGUUCAUUUAGAUGCCGGUGUGAUAUCGUGCAUUUGUGGCCACGAUGAUGAUGAUGGAUUUACUAUUCAGUGUGACCAUUGUAACAGAUGGCAGCAUGCUGUGUGCUAUAACAUCAAGGAUAGCGCCACAGCUCCGGAGGAGUACCUUUGUAAUGUUUGUGAUCCAAGAAAACUUGAUGUCAAACGAGCUAAGAAGAAGCAACAAGAGAGAAUAAAGUAUUUGAAAGAGCCCAAUCUGGAUAGCUCACAAUCGUCUAACUCACAAUUUGCAUACGAAGGAACAAAACGCGAUAGCAAAAGUGAUAACAAUAUUGAGGAUAACGACAUAAGGGAUAAUACAAAUACGGGUAAGAGUAACGAUACAAAUUCUAACUAUAAUAAUGACGGAGGUAGUAAUAAAACGGGUAAUAAUAACAACAGUAAUAAAUAUGAUAAUAGCGAGUUUAGUAAUAUUAGUGGAAGUGGUAAUAGUAGAUCUCAAAGAGUAAUUAGGGACAGGAGUCAUAAUGUGUCCAAGGAAGAUGGUACAAAUGGCACUUUUGAAGAUGACACUGGAAGAAAAAGAAGACGGGAAGACGAUAACGUAUCCUUAGAGACAACACAGAAGAAUAAUGGAAAAAUUAGCGAGAAUGUAACGUAUUUGAGUGCAAAAGAUGCGUAUUCGGCUACUUAUUUGCCAAUUACUUCGUGCGAAUACAAGGACAAGUACAUGAAAAUGUUUAUCGACAAACACAAUGAUGAUGAUUGGGUCAUACCGUAUAAUGGUAAGCCAUUCGAAUCAUUGCCUUUGGAAGUUAAACCUUAUUCAGAAGUUGGUAAUUCAAAAAUAUUUCCUGGAUUCACAAAAUUGGGAGUUUAUAUGGGCGAAAGCUGUGAAAAAAACGAUUUUAUUAGUGAAAUUACUGGUGAGGUUUAUUUUCAGGGAGAUUAUAUAUCAGAUUUGAGAAAUCACUAUAGGAUUUGGGGAACAACGAAACCAAAAUUGUUUUUCCAUCCACAUUUGCCGUUGUGUAUUGAUGCAAGACUUUCCGGAAACAUGGCAAGGUAUAUUAGACGGUGCUGCAAACCAAAUGUAGAAAUAGCAACAGUCAAGGUACUUGCCACAAAUGAAGUUAAAUUUUUAUUAAGAGCGAAAAGGAAAAUUGAAAAAGGUGAAGAGAUACAUAUGAAUUGGCAAUGGGAUUUGAGACACCCCAUUUUGCAAAUAAUGAACGGUACGGCAACUUUAGAAUCAUUAAAUGAGCCAGACAAGUAUUUAAUGAUACACUCUAUUCACACCAUUUUAGGCUCUUGCGAUUGCGCAUGUGGCAAUAGCAAAGAUUGUAAUCUUUUGAAAGUUAAGAAGUUCUCCCAGAAUCUUUACAAAUCGGUAAAAUCAAAAAUGAAUAACAGAUACAAACUGAAUGAAAUAUUAAAUCAAUACCAGGGAAAAAAAAGACGGCCACCGCCGAUAUUAACGAGAUUGGUUCAGGAAAGCGAAGAUAAUCAAAUAAAAGCACCAAGGGUAAUAGCGGAUUUGAAUGUCAAAAAAUUGGCCUUUUUAGACACAGAAUCAAGGAUCACUGAGGCUAAACCAUCCUCACUGAAAGUGCCAUUGAUUUUAAAGAACGGCGCAGAGUCGAAUGAUCGACCAUAUAAAUGGAUACUAAUGGAAAAGGAUAGAAAGAAAGAGGAAAUUCUCCCCGAUGGUGGAGUUGGAGCUGUUUCCAUCAAGUCGACCAUAAUUACAAACCCGUCUCAAUACGAUGAAUCAAAUGUAACGGAUAUAGACUUACUGCCAAUUCCAAUCGUUUUGGAGGUACCGCUAAGAAGUGACAAAGGUACUACUCCAGUUGGAUUGGAUUCAUCAAACUACACCACUGGUACAGGUCAAACGAAAUAUAGAGACAGCACAUUGGGCAGUUCUCCAACAGCUGCAGCAAGAUCCAUACCCGAAAAUGCGUCUCAGUCCAUCAUGAACGCACCACCAAUGGUUCUCUCUUCUUAUGGCGUCUCCAAGUUGGACGAGAGGAAUAAUUCUUCAAGCGCAUCAAGUCUAGCAGAUUUGUCAGACCAUAACAGAAGACCACUCAAGAAAAAGCUGAGCUUUGCGGACUACAGAAAGAAACAAAGCAAAUAA